AUGGACAACGAAAAAUCAUUAAUGCUACGCUCCACCAACUGGCAGCUAACCCGUUCAUCAGAUUACGCCCUCUUCCACUGUGACAACAUCAAUGUUACAGUAUCGUGGGGAGCCCAACGCUCGGAUCCCCCCAAAAUCCGCAUCCAAAACUACGAAAUGCACGGACUGGACAAAGCCCUCGAGCGCCUGGACUACCUAUUGGCCCACGUGCGAUGUGUCCGCACCUUGUCGCUGAACCUGGAAACGUCGGAAACUCGUUCCAUCAACGCCAUUAUUGAAAAGUUCCUCGAUGCAGGUAAGACCGGUUGUCUUUGUUGCUUAUGACUAAAAGUUUAUCGUUUUAUGAUUGUGGGUUACAAAGUUCUUUGUCCCGAAAAAUUGCGGGAAAUGAUGGAUUUGAAAAGCAAUUUGUCGCAGAUUCACUUUUUGGAUUGAUGGACAAAUAGUUUAGAUUUUUAUAAGCUAACUGAGGUGUUUAGAAACUAAAAGUUUACAGAAACAUAGUCCUCUUUCCAAUAUUUUGUAACAAAAACCGACAUGAAGUAGAUCUUUUCAUGUUGUUGUAGAUGAAUGGCGAUAUUUUUAAUUGUUCUCUCAGAUUCCAAUCAAAUUCCCCAAAAACAAAAGAUUUCUUUAAUGUUUUCCACCAAUAAAUCCCAUUGAUUAAUCUCUCCAUUUUCAGAAAACGUUCGCCUUGAAGUUCUGAAAGUGAAGCGGCGCUACGUGGGUCAACGGAUCGACCUUUUACCCGACCUUCUUGCGCUCAAUUCCGAAACCUUGCGUGAGGUGGGCAAGAUUGGUUUGAGUGAAGCCACCGAAGGCUUCAACGACAAGAUUCGACUGAAUCGCCUUUCUUUGAUGAACUUUGACCUGAUCGACGACGGCGAAUUGGAGAGCUCGACCUUGGCCGAACGUACUCGGAUUCACAUCAGAAGGUUGGGCGGAAUCGGAGCCAAGUUCCAACAUUUGUCAUACACAACCUACAGUGGCUUCGACUUGUCACGAAACCCAACCUUGUUCAUGUUGAAGCAAUGUGAAGUCCGCUCGAUCCGAUUGACCAUGCAAAAGGGUGCUGCCAUCACAUCUACCCCAUUACAGCCAGUACAACCCCUGUUGGAUACUUUGGAACGACUAGAGCUAAUCGGAAGCCUAAGUGCACCGAAAGAACGAUUGAGCGCGUUGUUCCCCAACCUAGACUUCUACGACUACCAACAACAAGAUUUGGCAACGGGGCAAACCGCAAUGGCCUGCUAA